UUGGAUCUGGAUACUUUAGAAGAUCUCUCCUGUAUUCCAUGAGAUAUGAUCUCCUCAGUAAAUUCACAUCGACACAGAUUUCUCAGUAUUUCCUCCUGAAGCAAUAACUUUUCCUGACAAAGUGACAGCAAACACAACAACUAUUUCGUUCGUAUCAAGGAAAAUGUAAACAGAUAACAUACGUUUUAGACCGCUACCUGGAAUUUCUCAGCGGUAAGAUGAAUCUUGGAGUCCCUGUAGACUUGGGGAUGUAAUGGUUCGUAUAUAUAGAACACAUCAGGAUGAGAGUCGAAGAAAGACCCGAUCCAACUACUCCCAGAGCGAGGCUGUGAUAACAGGAUCGUCAGUUUCCUGUGAUGCGAACCUGGGGGAUUAGAAUAGUUCAGCUUCAGCCACAAUGUCUUGGGGGAGGGUUUUGCUAAAUUUGCAGUAAUGAAAUUCGUAUGAAACAUUUUAAUUUCAGUCAUCCGAGGGCCAGUCCUCCUCAUGUAAUAUGACCUACCGAGAACGGAACUCGUUUGACAAAUCAUGUUGGCGAGUGGUUAAUGACUACCUUAAUUGUGGAAAAGUUAUGGGAUUUAAUACGAAGUUGAUAAGAUUUCGGACAAUCGUGCGUCAGAUUGAUGGUGAGUAGGUGAUAAUCCAAUCUUGUAAAAUCUGAUCUUCCAGAAACAUUGUUUGGAGGCGACCCUUUUACUCCCCUAAUUAUCUUCAUUCAUCUUAUCACGAGAUUGGAACGGUUAAACUUAACUUGUACGGGUUUUUCUGAUUCGCUGAAUUGUUCUUCUCCACUUUUAUUUGUUGAAUAGAAUUUGGCUACCGAGCAGCGAGUCUGUAAAUUUUAUCAUUUAUUCGUUGGCGAAUUGUGAUUUUGUUAUUCAUUUAUUUAUAAUUUGCAUCAAUUGUUUGGAAAUGAUGUAACUAUAUUUUACCAUAUACUAGAAAUUUGGAUUAUGGAAACUGAGAAGACAGCAGAGACCAGUUGUUCUGGUGACCAUGGUAACCAGAAGUACACCGAGAAUGACAGAAACACAGAGGAAGGAGCUGUGACAGAUAACAGAGAUAAGAUGAAGAAAAACAUCACAGUUUUCAGAGGAAUAGCCUUCGUAGUUGGUACAGUAAUGGGAACGGGAAUAUUCAUUACUCCCAACUCUAUAACCCAGAGAGUAAACGCCCCUGCUACCUCUAUAAUGGUGUGGCUAGCUGGGGGCCUCAUGGCAGGUAUCGGAGGUCUUGUAUUCUGUGAGCUGGGGACUAUGAUCCCAGUCUCCGGGGCCGAGGUAGCUUAUAUCCGCAAGAUCUACGGUCGACAACCCGCCUUCGUGUCUGUGUGGCUGAUACACUUCCUGUUAGGGGGAAUGAGGCUUGCUAUAGGAGUGUUGGGGUUCUCUGAGUACUUCUGGUCUCUCUUCUAUGAGGAUCCUAGAGAUGUGAACUGGUGGCUCAACAAACUAGUGACUCUGCUAGUAACGUAUAUUAUAGUGACCAUGGUCGCGUGUAAACCAACCCUCAUCCUCAAGAGUAUAGUGCUCUUUACUGCCACCAAGUUCCUGGCUACAUUUGUUAUAAUAGGAGCAGGGGCAUACUACCUCGCCCAGGGACAUACAGAGAACAUAGCAGUGGGGUUCACGGGCACUAACACGGAUCCUAAAGAGUGGGGAGAUGCUUGGAACGGGGUUAUCUGGAGCUACCUGGGCUGGGAGGAGAUCUGCUGUGUUGCUAGCGAGAUACAGAACCCUCAGAGGAACAUUCCUAUCAUCGUCCUGGCCUCUAUCAGCAUCCUCACAGGACUUUAUCUCUGUACUGUAAUCAGUUUCCACAUUGUCAUCCCACUGAAAGAUAUGAUCGACCCAGCCAGUUCGGCGGUGGCCAGCCAGUUCGGGUUGAUAACAAUGGGUGAAGCAGGUAAAGUUAUCCUGGCACUCUUUGUCGUGGUGUCGACUCUCGGCAGCGUCCAGUGCUCCUUCAUCAGCAAUAGUCGAUACAUUCACUCCGGUGCAGCAGAGGGCCUACUUCCCUCCUGUCUUACACUAGUCAGUAAGAGGUUCAGAACCCCUAUUGUCUCUAUCUUGUACUGCACUAUCAUUACUACCAUCUUCACCCUGAUAGGGGGAAUAGACGACCUGAUAGGCUCAGCUUCUUUCACAAGGUUCCCUUUCUUCGUGUUGUGCAGUGUGGGAGUGUUUGUGAUGAGGAAGACUCACCCCGAUCUACCCCGUCCUUACAGAGUCCCCCUUAUCUUCCCUGCUCUCUUCAUCUGCUUUGGUCUCUUCGUCUUUAUCACCCCCUUCCUAAAUGAGGACUGGCUCAUUUCUCUGGUGUGGAUCUUAGUCCUGUUAAUGGGGGUCCCUCUCUACUACCUGCUAAUGGAGAACGUCUUCAACUUGAAGUUUCCUAAACGUAUGGACUCUAGUGCUACCGCAGUGUUGAAGAAACUCCUCGACUGCGAGUAGAACACUGUGCACAGUGCAAACUAUGUAUACAGUGUACACUUUACAGUUUACACUGUAAUGUACACUGUACACUGUACAAUGUACAAUGUACACUCACCUAUGCAUUUUCUUAAUCCUAUUGAAUAUGAAUUGUGUACAUAAUGUUUUUUCUUAACAAGCUUAAUUUCAAA